AUGCGGCUCUCUGGCUUAUUCGCAGCUGUAGCUGCAGCACUCCUUCCCGCAUAUGUAGCUGCAAAUCCUAUUGAGAAUGCUGCGCGUCAGACCAGUACAUAUGCAGGCUACCUCAUCUCCACCUUCUCCGAUCCAAAUCCUAGGGUUCAACUCUAUCUAUCCAAUGGCAACUCGGCUACCAAGUUCUUCAAGUUGAACAAGGGAAAAGAAGUAUUGACGUCUACGGUGGGAACAAGGGGCGUGCGAGACAUCUUCUUGACGACAAAUGAUGCAAGAACACAGUGGUACAUGUUUGCGACAGAUCUGGACAUCAACGCUCCAGGCUUCAACUGGGACGUUGCAACUCGCCAGGGCAGCCGAGGAAUUGUAGUCUGGUCCUCCAAAGACUUGGUCAAUUGGUCUGCUCCCAAACUCGUCCCACUCGAAGGUGCAAACGCAGGCAUGGUGUGGGCCCCCAGCGCCGUCUACGACUCUGCAUCCUCGCAAUUCUACGUCUUCUGGGCAUCAAGACUGUAUUCCUCAAAUGACCCAGGCCACACGGGCGUUGCAGGCCCCGACCGCAUUCGCUAUGCAACGACCAAGGACUUUGCUACCUUCAGCGCACCACGGGACUACUAUGCGCCCUCCGGCACACCCGUUAUCGACCAGGAAUUCCAAUACCUUGGGACUCCGGGACAUUAUGCGCGUUUCAUCAAGAACGAGACGGUCAAUCAAGUCUGGCAGGAGACUACCACGGGUGGCCUGUUUGGAAGCUGGAAACGAGUGCCAGGGUACGUUAGGGAGGGAAGUCCUUGGGAAGGCGCUGCGAGCUUUGCGGACAACUUGGUCAAGGGCAAAUACCAUCUUCUGCUGGACAACUAUGUGCAGUAUCUGCCAUAUGAGACGACGAAUAUUCAGUCACCAAGCUGGGGAGCAAGCAAUACGGAUGGAUGGCCUGCAGGUCUCAAGCAUGGAUGUGUUACACCGCUCACCAAGGCGGAGUAUGAUAGGGUUCUUGCUGCCUUCCCUCGGUAG